CCGUCCGUGGAAUGUUUACUGUCCUAAUAUCAACCGGUGCGGCAAAAAGCGCGUGCAUCUAACUCUUGACGGAUUUUGCGAAUCUUUGAGAAAAACGUUAAUAUGAACUGUAUGACUGAAAUGGGCUUACAUAAUUUGUUUGUAUUGGUGAUUUAUAUGGGUUUGAUAUCGGUUGCAAGAAGCGAUCGCAACCCUGUCGGACCAAGGUUCACCAUCGAGCCCCCUGGAAAAGUGCAGUUCUACAAUUCGACCGGUGCUGUCGUGACAUGUGCAGCAAGUGGUGUUCCUCUUCCCACAAUGUCCUGGAUUAGACAGGAUGGAACCCCGGUUCAGGAAGUCCCGGAACUUCUGCAGAUAAGGCCCGAUGCAUCCCUCGUUUUCUCUCCCUUCAGACCGGAAGACUUCCGACAAGACAUCCACUCUGCCACCUACAGAUGCACAGCCUCAAACUCAGUCGGGAUUAUCGGAAGCAGAGACGUCAAUAUCCGGGCUGUCAUCCGCGUCAAAUACGAGAUAAGGACGUAUGACGACUUUGUGGUGAAAGGCAACACUGCUGUUCUCAAAUGCUACGUGCCAUCCUCAGUGCAAGAUUUCGUGCCUGUCAUCUCGUGGGAGACCGACGAAGGGUUCACCAUCCAACGCAGCUCCUCAGAUAGCAAAUACAAAAUCAUAGCCGAUGGUUCACUCAUGAUAGAAAAAGCAGACCUGUCGGAUGGAAAAAAGAAAUAUAGAUGCAUUUGCAAGGAUGAAAUGGAUAAUGAAUCUGUUACUAGCAUACCGUGGGGACAACUUAUAGUGACAGAGCCAACGACUUUACAAGUACCAAGAAUCCGCAGUGGAAGCCGAGAACAUAAUUACAAGGUUGGAGCAACGGUUGAACUUUAUUGUAUUGCUCAAGGAUAUCCAGUACCUUCUUAUACAUGGUAUAAGCAAGAAGGAACUCGCAUGCUGCCUUUAUCGUCAAAUAGAAGAAUUCAAGUUUUACGAUCUUCGUUAUUAAUUCAUAAAGCAUCAAAAAUUGAUACCGCAACUUACGUUUGUGUUGCCAAUAACAGUGCAGGGGAAGAUCGUAUUCACUUACAGCUGGUUAUAUCAGAACAUUUAAGAGCAUCAGUGUAUCCAGAAAAGUUAAUCGUGAAGGAAGGGAUCAGUGUUACAUUCACGUGCAACGUAACCGGCCCACAGAUCACCUCAUUAGUAUGGACCAAAAAUCUGAAACCUGUCAUUACCUCUGCCAGAACGAAGCUCAUAAGCUCUGAGGUGUUACAAAUAUAUUCUGUCAUGAGAGAAGACAAAGGCAUGUAUCAGUGCUUCGUCCGAAGUCAUGAUUAUUCAUAUCAGGGCUCUGCUCAGCUAAGCUUGGAAGAGGACCCACCUGAGUUUCGAGAAAUAUUUCCAGACAGACUUCUUCGACCUGGUGCGAAGACAUCUCUUCGUUGUCUAGUGACUGGAAAUCCUCUACCACAAGUCUCUUGGAGGCUUUACAGUCGUCCAGUUGUUGAAGGUCUUGGAGUGAGAAUCGGAGACUUUGUGGAUUCGCAAGGCCUUCUGAUGAGUUUUAUAAACAUUUCGGCCGUGACUUCUGAACAUGGAGGAAUUUAUUCUUGCCAUGCUAGAAAUGAAAUCGGUGCUAUUAGUCAUUCUGCUCGUCUGUCUGUAUAUGGCCCACCUUAUAUUCACCCGAUGGAUAAUAUAACGGCCGUGACUGGAGAUGAAGUGAAUGUAGACUGCGCAGUUUCCGGACAUCCUUUGAGAAGCAUACGGUGGAGGAAAGACAAUACCUUACUUGCCGGAGGUCAACGAUUAGCCGAUCACAGAAAUGGCACUCUGUCAAUUGCCCAGGCUGCAAAAGGCGAUCAAGGCUGGUAUCACUGUGAAGUUAUUGGAGGACAAGGAGAAAAAGCAAUGGGUUCUCUUUAUAUCCGUGUAGUCGAGCGUCCGGUAAUCAACCCCUUCAUCUUCGGAGAUGAGCUUAUGGAAGGCAUGCGAACUAUGGUGGUUUGCACCGUUCUUGCAGGUGAAUCCCCCAUCAACAUUUUGUGGCUGAAAGACUCCAUGCCGCUGCUGCAUUCUGAGCACAGAGACGGCAUCCACGUGACGAAUCUGGGGGAAUUUGCCUCAUCCCUUACGAUUCCUUCAGUUUCCCGCUAUCACGCAGGCAACUACACGUGCCUGGUGGCAUCGGGGGCUGCGCAAGCUUCUUAUACAGCAGUCAUGAACGUCAAAGCUAGUCCAAAAUGGGUGAAGAAACCAAAGGAUAUGGAAGUAAUCGUGAAUCAAAAAGUUGUAUUUACAUGCCAAGCAGAAGGUAUUCCAGAACCAAUACAUCGGUGGAAAUACAGACCUGGGGAUGGUUCCGCUCAACCUGCAGACUUCCGAAGUGUCGUCAGUAGUUCUCACAUGUAUGUUUUAGAAAAUGGAUCGCUUGUCAUUAGAGACGUAGAGAAGCAGGAUGCAGGACUAUAUCUAUGUGAAGCCAGUAAUGGCGUUGGAGAAUCUCUCUCGGAAGUUGUCAAGUUGACUGUUAACGUUCCGCCACGUUUUAAUCAGAGUUUUGAAGUUAAAACUGUGAAGGAGCAUGAAGAAGUUGUACUGAGUUGUGACGCUCACGGAGAAAGUCCACUAACAGUCUCAUGGAAGAGAUAUCAAAGGCCCAUUGACAGAAGUGUUCUUUCAAGAUAUGUUUUGCGAGAGCAUGUGCACCCAAAUGGCCUUAAAUCUCAGUUAUCUAUUCCUUCAGUUCUCAGAGCUGAUUCUGGAUUAUUUUCCUGUGAAGCAAGUAAUGAUUAUGGAAGAGAGGAAAAGAGCAUUCAACUUAUCGUUCAAGCACCUCCCGAGAGCCCCGAAGGAAUGCAGCUGCUUCAAGUCACCAGCCGUCAAAUUACUUUCUCGUGGACAGCGCCAUCUAGCGGGAAUAGCCCCAUUACGGGUUACAUCGUCGUCUAUAACCAGAGUCGGAAAGCCAAAGAUGAACCUCUGGAAAGUGUACGAGUGCCAGCAACUGAAACAAAAGUAACUAUAACUGGGUUAAAUCCAGGAAGUACAUAUGUCUUCAAAGUGCAUGCAGAAAAUGCUUUAGGUCGAAGCGGGCCGAGCCAAGAUUUAACAAUUACUACAGAAGAAGAAGCUCCAGCAAAUUCUCCUCAAGAUGUUAGAGUCAUUCCAUUGAGUUCUUCUAUGGUGAAAGUGACUUGGAAGGCUCCUUCACCAUCUUCUCUGGGAUAUCUACUUGGUUUUUAUGUAGGAUACAGGGAUCUUUCUACCAAUGACCCGUACGUAUAUAAAACAGUGGACAUUUCUAAGCAAGAAAGACUAAACGAAGCUUUGAUUUCAAAUUUACGAAGAAAUACAAAAUACGCUAUAACGGUACAAGGAUAUAACAGUAAGGGAGCUGGACCAGCUUCGAAAGAAGUUAUCGUCCAAACUCUUCAACACGAUCCACCAAGAUCUCCGGUAUUGAAAGUUAUCAACACUUCCGAAUUUUCAGUGGAACUUCAGUGGAGUAUAUCAGAAGUAUCACCCAUAACUGGAUAUGUUUUGCUCUACAAAAGUGAAUCUGGAGACGUAUCUGAGGAAUCUCAUGUUGCACCCCAAAGGAACAGUGUCAUGGUGAAAAAUUUAAAAUGUGGGACCAAAUAUCACUUCUUUCUUACCGCCUUUAAUAAUGCUGGAAGAGGAGAGCCAAGUGAAGAAGUCACUGCAAGAACAAAAGGCGGAGCUCCUCAAGCCCCAGACAAGUCUGCACUUCUUGCCAUUAAUUCGACCUAUGUUGUUGUUCGCCUAUCAUCAUGGAAUGAUGGCGGCUGCCCUAUCUUGUACUUCGAGAUCCGUUACAAGCCUAAAUUGCAAAAAGAAUGGAUUUUGCAGUCUUCCAACAUUGCCCCUGCACAAGCAACAGUUACACUGAGUGAUCUUAAUCCUGGCACGUGGUACGAUCUUUUAAUGGCCGCUCAUAAUGACGCAGACUCUACGGAGGCAGAAUACGUAUUUGCCACGCUUACAGCAUCUGGAGCAACAGUACCCCCAUUGGCUUCCACGUCGUCCACAUCUUCAGGUGCCUUCUCGAUACUGAAAGACCCAGCUGUAUUCGUGCCAAUUGUGUGUGCUAUAGUUGUGGUAGUAGUGAUCACAGUAGUUGUAGCUGUCGUCAUGGUGCUGAGAAGAAAAGAUACCACUUCAGAAUGCCGAUCCCAAGGUGUCUAUUCUGGUAGCUCUGGAGGCAAAGGCGAAAAUCUUUCGAUGAGUUCAUAUGGUAAAGUAAAGCGAAGUGAUCCAUCAGAUGAUAGUCAAAGGGAACCUUUAUAUUAUCCUACACCUUAUGCUACAACGCAGCUAUCUACCUACAGUGAAUCACCCAAUACUUCACACUGUAAUACCCUUAGACGACAUGAUGGAAAAGGACAUGAAUAUGAUAUACCGCAUCGACAUGCACAGAUGGGUGAGUACACAUCCUACGCAAAGUUAUGGACGCGAAUACAUGAGAAUAUAGAAGUUGAUGGUAACGUAUCAAUGGCGACAAUGAAAGCGAACAAUUUUCAUUUAAAAUCCAUCCUUGGCAGCUAUGAAGACGGGGCGAGCGACAUGGAAGAAGGCAGUCGUCGUCUGACCUGCCCCCCUCAUCCGGAUUCUGCAGACAUUGAUGAAUUAUCGGAAACCGAAUGCGACAGGCAUCACAACUCCUGGAUUGUUAUCAGAGAAUCCUUUGAAGAAGAUCUGAUACGAAGAGUGCCUCAUGUCUGUUGAAGACUACUUCCAAAAUUUCAAAUCAUGUACUGCUCACUCAGUUAAAACAGUGCUGCCCCCUUCUGAAUAUAAGUAAAAUGGUUUGAACUAUGAUUCCAAAUCGUCAUCACUCUCAUCAACUAUCAUCAUCAUUUCCCGUUCCCAGUCACUGAAUGAUGAUUCUCAAUUUCUAUGAAUUGUGCCAUGAAAUGGAAUAGCUAUAAAAUAGAAGAGAAAAAAAGAGAAAUAUUUUUCUGAUAUGUGUUAUAAAUAAAUGAUGGUCAUAUGUAUUAUGAAAGACUUUUUCCAAGAGUCCGUCUCAUGUUAAGAAUGGAUAUCUAAUAAAAUACUCCCUUUUAUGAAACAGAAUGAUAAAGGGAAUUCGUUUUUAUUGUACUUCUCAUAAAGUGUUAACACCAUUUAAAGGAUAUUACUGAAUAAUCGUUUGUAAUUGA